GUUUACACAAUGACAAUGACAAAAUCUUGACAAAUUAAGACAAAAAUGCGAAAACUGAAAUUUUUCCAAUUUUUUAACACGAACUGGAAAGGAAAUUCCUUUUGAAUUGGAUAACUGUUUAUAUAGUAAACAAUCAAAUCAAUCACAAGGACACAAGAGACGGAAGAAGACAGCUAGAGGUAGCCUUGUCUCUGAAACCGAAAAGUCUAAGAAAAAGGAAGAAUCAUGUUCAACAACUUUAUACAUUAAAAGGAAGUCAUAACUGCACCGAAAAAUGUGUCCAUUUCAUACAGUAGCUGCAAUACUAGCUUUACUACCGCUAAGCUUCUCUGAAAGUGAUCCAUACUCAAAAGAGCCGUACCGUCCACUCGGGCCUCUAGUCAAAUGCAGUUUCCUGCCUCUCGACUUCUUAGACUGUGACGAGCCUGUAGACCACAAAGGUAACGAAACGGCAAAAAAAGCGGUGAAACACGGCUGCGUAAAAUUUGGAGGCGUGAGGUACGAAGAUGUUGAAAGAACUAAAGUGCAAUGUAAAGCACUGGAUGGGAUAGAAUGCCACGGCAGUCGCAGCUUUCUUAGAGAUGGUUUUCCUUGUGUGCGUUAUUCUGGACACUACUUUACUACAACACUUAUUUACAGUAUUUUGUUAGGCUUCUUAGGCAUGGAUAGGUUUUGUUUGGGCCAAACUGGUACAGCAGUUGGGAAGCUAUUAACGUUAGGAGGGUUGGGCAUUUGGUGGAUAGUUGACGUUGUAUUAUUGAUUACUAAUAAUUUGCAUCCUGAGGAUGGUAGUAAUUGGAAUCCAUAUGUCUAAGUUAAAAUAAUUGCAUAUUAGAAGUUUUUAAUAAAGUCCUUAAUAAAAAUGUGAUGA